AUGUAUAAGAGAGAUCUAAAAGAAGUUGAAGUUGGAGAAGUAGCACAUCUCAUUCAUCUGUUGGAUGGAUUUGCUCAAAUUAUUCAUUUAUGUAUGGCUGUAGAUACAAGAAAGUGGGAUUUUGGAGAUGAAUUUUCUGUCUCCAACUGCUACUCUUCCCUUGAUGUGGAUGGUUUCCUUCAUUUUCCUCAUAAACAAAUUUGGAAUCCUAAGAUUCCUUUGAAAGUGUCUUUCCUGGUUUGGACUUUAUGUCAUGAUGGUGCUCCAACUUUAGAAACUCUUCUUAGAGAUGGUUCAGUAAAUGACCGUCAGUGCACUCUGUGUUCUGAAGUAGAAGAGACUCAAAACCAUCUAUUCUUGCACUGCCCUGAAACUAGGAAGCUAUGGAACUAUUUCUUAGAUAGUUUUGGUGUCAACUGGGUUUUUUCAGAGACUGUGAAGACAAAUAUAUGGGAACGGAGGAAUACCAAAAGCAAUGCAAUGGUGAAAAAACUUUUGGCUUUGCUUCCCUUUGCAAUUUGGUGGAAUAUCUGGAAGGAGAGGAAUUCUAGUCUCUACAACAACAAGAAGAGAAGCCUAGAUCAAUUGUCUCUGUAA